AUGGGGGAACUUCACAUCCACUCCGUGCUGGUGAGCGGUGCCAACCGGGGCAUCGGCCUGGGGCUCGUCCAGCACUUUCUGGGGAUGCCAACCCCACCCAAGUGGGUCUUUGCGGGGUGCAGGGACCCCAAGGGGCAGCGAACGCAUGAGCUACAGAACCUGGCCUCCAAGCACCCCAACCUGGUCAUCAUCCCUCUCAAGGUCUUCAACCCUGCCAGUAUCAAGGCAGCUGCAGCCACAGUUGAGAAGCACCUGGGGAGCUCGGGGCUGACCCUGCUCAUCAACAAUGCUGGGAUUGUCAGGAACACUGAACUUGAGGAAGGAACCCUGGAGAACAUGAUACAGGUUUACACCACCAACACCACCGGGCCCUUGCUGAUGGGACAGGCAUUCCUGCCCUUGCUGAAGAAGGCUGUCCAGGGGAGCCCAGGCUCAGCACUGAGCUGCAGCAAGGCAGCCAUUGUCAACAUGUCCAGCAUUGCUGGCUCCAUUGCUUAUCCCUUGGAAUGGGAUCGAAUGCAGAUUGUCUCCUACUGCUGCAGCAAGGUACCACCAGCUUCUGUUAACAUGCUGACCAAGUGCCACUCUGUGGGGUACAAGGAGCAUGGCAUCCUCUGCAUUACUCUGUACCCUGGCUGGGUGCAAACUGACUUGGGGAGUGCCAGCAAGCAAAAGCCGCCUGUGACAGUGGAUGCCAGCAUGCAAAGGAUGCCAAAGGUGCUCUCCUCUCUCUCCAAGAAGGACACCAGCACCUUCCUGGACUGGGAAAGGAAGGUGGUGCCAUGGUGA